UAAUGCCAAAGGGAUAGACAACUACAACCUAAAAAGCUUAAAAGGCAGCAAAAAAUACCAGAGUUGCCAAAAAAGUAGUCAGAGCCAGAAAACAUUUCUAAAAUAGAUUCCAUACCACUAAACCAUUAGCAUUAACUAGAAAACCUAAAUUUACCAGAUUAACAAGAUAAUUAAAACCAAUCAAUAAGGGUUUAGAUUUCUAAAAUGUCCUUAAACAUCCACUCAUUACAGAAAAAGAUAUGAAAAAGAUGGAAGAUGAAAACACUAUGGUCUUCUAUGUUAAUUCAAAAUCAACUAAACCAUAAAUAAAAAGAGCAUUUUCUAAAAUUUAUGAUGUUAAAGUUAGAAAAGUCAAUGUAUUCAAUCUAAGUUUAUCAUUAGAUCUUAAAUACAUUUGGUGGAAAGAAGAAGGCAUACAUUAGAUUAGGAGGAGAAAAUGAUGCACUUAAUUUGGCCAAUAAAAUCGGUAUCAUCUGAGU